AUGGUGCAAGAUACAGGCAAGGACACAAAUUUAAAAGGUACAGCGGAGGCGAAUGAAAGUGUUGUGUAUUGUGAUGUCUUUAUGCAGGCUGCUCUAAAGGAAGCAACAUGUGCAUUAGAAGAAGGUGAAGUACCGGUUGGAUGUGUGUUGGUAAAAGCGGAUUCCUCCACCGCUGCUCAGGCACAAGCAGGAGAUGAUUUGGCCUUACAAAAGUUAAUUGUGGCACGAGGACGUAACGCUACCAACAGGAAGGGACAUGCGUUGGCCCACGCAGAGUUUGUUGCAGUGGAGGAACUCCUGCGACAAGCGACAGCAGGGACGAGUGAAAAUAUAGGAGGAGGAGGCAACUGCGGAGCAGUUUCACAGGACCUUGCGGAUUAUGUUCUGUAUGUAGUGGUGGAGCCCUGUAUUAUGUGUGCUGCAAUGCUUUUAUACAACCGUGUGCGGAAGGUCUACUUCGGUUGCACUAACCCCCGUUUUGGGGGGAAUGGUACCGUCCUUUCCGUACACAACUCUUACAAGGGUUGUAGUGGUGAGGAUGCUGCACUAAUUGGAUAUGAAAGCUGCGGUGGUUAUAGGGCGGAGGAGGCGGUGGUACUGCUUCAGCAAUUUUACCGUCGUGAGAAUACAAACGCACCUCUGGGAAAGAGAAAACGGAAGGAUUUGUCAGUUGUUUGA